AUGGGAGCCUCUUGUACUGCCACACAAUCUCAGUUCCUGCUGUACACUCUAACAAGCAGUGAAGAGACUGUUGGGUCAGUAGGUGACAGCUGCAGAGGUAUCUUCCUUGUAAAGAUGCUUUGUGAGGUUGCUGCUCCCAUCAAUCUGCUCAGUAAAAAUAGCUCAUCUUGUAAUGGAGGGGAAAGUUCCAGUCGCAGCGCUGAAAAGCGAUCAGCUGAAGACGAAGCUGCAGACCUCCCAACAAAGCCUACAAAGAUGUCCAAGUUUGGAUUUGCCAUAGGUAGUCAGACAGCAAGGAAAGCAUCCGCCAUCUCCAUUAGACUCGGAGCAAGUAAGCCUAAGGAAACAGUUCCAACUCUUGCUCCAAAAACUCUUUCAGUAGCAGCAGCUUUCAAUGAAGAUGAAGAUAGUGAGCCGGAAGAAAUGCCUCCAGAAGCGAAGAUGAGGAUGAAGAACAUCGGAAGGGACACGCCAACAUCAGCCGGACCAAACUCCUUUAAUAAAGGAAAGCAUGGCUUUUCCGAUAACCAGAAGCUGUGGGAGCGAAAUAUCAAAUCUCAUCUUGGAAACGUCCACGACCAAGACAAUUAAGAGAAGUGUUCUGAGAUUGGGGUGUGGGCGGGUGCAUUAGAAGGAGCAGUCAGCCUCCUUUUUGUAAAGAAUGGUGUAAGACUAGCUUUGGAGCCGUUUUUCUUUCUUCUUUUUUCUUUUCCUUUUUUCUUUUUUUUUUUUUAAGAUUGAGUGGUACACUAAUAAAUGAGAGUUUGCAAUUAGAGGUAAUUUAUGUUUUAUAUACAGAUUUCAAGACAUUUGCUAAUUUUGUAGUUUCACAUGAUUAGUUUCCAAGGGUUACAGAUAAUAAAGAAAUCAGAAGUGGUACCUUUCUAAGAAUUGCAUAUUUUUUUAGACACAACUAUUAGCACAUUAAGAGGGAAGCCAAAAGUUAUUGCCUACUUCAAAGUGAAAGCAGUUCCUCUCCUGACUUCUCCCCCACAUUACCUGACUGUCUGUCUGGCUCCCUGGAACAGCCUUACGAGAGGGAAUUGGAUUGAGAAGACAAUUGUUACUGGACUAUUGACUGAAAGUAAAUUUAGAUACAAUUAAAAUAAACCUUUUCCUAUGGGCAUUUCACCUUGUUCUGGGCCAUUAUAUGCUAGUACUGCUUCGCUAUCAGUACAGACGCUUUGCUCUUUAAAAACUUUUUUCGUUAAAAAUUCUUGUAUGAAGUAUUGAGUAUUAUAACUAGCCCACUUUAAUGGAGGUUGUCUCCCUUCAGGAUUCUUCAAAGGACACUAUUUGCUACCAAAGUGAAUCAGUAUUUGAAUGUGCUUCUCUUGGUUUCUAUUCUAGUUCCUAUAAUCAUUUCCACCAGAACUUGAGGCAAGACAUAAGGAAGCUGUUUCUUUUAAAGUACAAACCGCUGAAAACAUCAGUGUGCGCACUGCUUAAGUAUUUGGCUGGCUUUUAUUUUUUAAAAGGUUUAAAUACCAAAAGAGGAAAAGGGUGUAACGUGGUGUGAAGACAGGUGAGGCAGCUCACCCGUGACUUUUGAAGCAUUUAAGUUACUGACUUACUAGAUCCAGUUUUGAACUGAAUUCACACGAUUUCUUAUUUGUACAACUCCAUGGUUUAUUUUAAGUAUGUACAUACUGAGCAGUGGUUUCAAAAGCACAUUUAGUGACUGAAAUGGGACAGAAAUGCUUCUUCAGACACACUUUCAUUGUGAGUCUCUCAUCGCAUAUGCUCUUAGAUUUCUGUAUCUAGGGUGUUUGUUUUGUAUUUUUUGUAUCGUAUAUGGGCUUUUUAAACGUGACAGUUAAUGCAUCUUUAAUAGUCACAGACUAAAGAAAUGAUAAAAUGUCCUUGAAAAUGACAAUGUUAAGUUUGGAGGCGGCUUGGGUGAGUUUCAUGGGUGGUGAUGAUUCACUAGGCAAUUUUUACUGUAAUGACUUCCGAGAAGCAGCCUGCGGGUGUACCUGACACGUUCACUACAUUGAGUCCACUUAGUAAGCCCGAGUACACGAUGGGAAUGUACAUUAGCACUAUUAGUUCAUACAUGAUUUAAGUAUAUCAAGAUACAUACAUUUACCUUUUACGUCUGCAAACUGUCCUGUGGCCAUUUUACUGUUUGUUGAAAUAACACCUCUCCUACAUGUUCUUUACUUGACUGGAAGAACAGUUAACCUGAGGUCAAGAUGGAGAGACGACUAAGCUAAGUGUCUUUACUAAAACUACAAUAAAUUUUGUCAAACUUG